AUGAAGAAGCCUUCGUAUGGCAAAGACGGCGGCAAGAAGGCGGAGUUCUGUGUCCGGCACGCGCUACAGGGCAUGUUUGAUGUCGUCAGCAAGAGGUGCGGCCAUCCAGGUUGCACGAAGUUGUCUUCGUAUGGCAAAGACGGCGGCAAGAAGGUGGAGUUCUGUGUCCAGCACGCGCUACAGGGCAUGGUCGAUGCCGUCAGCAAGAGGUGCGGCCAUCCAGGUUGCACGAAGAGGCCUUCGUAUGGAAAAUGCGGCGGCGAGAAGGCGGAGUUCUGUGCCCAGGACGCGCUACAGGGCAUGGUCGAUGUUGCCAGGAAGAGGUGCGACCAUCCAGGUUGCAUGAAGAAGCCUGCAUAUGGAAAAUGCGGCAGCAAGAAGGCGGAGUUCUGUGCCCAGCACGCGCUACAGGGCAUGGUCGAUGUCGUCAGCAAGAGGUGCGGCCAUCCAGGUUGCACGAAGCGGCCGUCGUAUGGAAAUGACGGCAGCAAGAAGGCGGAGUUCUGUGUCCAGCACGCGCUACAGCGCAUGGUCGAUGUCGUCAGCAAGAGGUGCGGCCAUCCAGGUUGCAUGAAGUUGUCUUCAUAUGGCAAAGCCGGCAGUAAGAAAGUGGAGUUUUGUGCCCAGCACGCGCUACAGGGCAUUGUCAGUGUUGCCAGGAAGAGGUGCGACCACCCAGGUUGCAUGAAGAAGCCUUCGUAUGGAAAAUGCGGCGGCAAGAAGGCGGAGUUCUGUGUCCGGCACGCGCUACAGGGCAUGGUUGAUGUCGUCAGCAAGAGGUGCGGCCAUCCAGGUUGCACGAAGUUGUCUUCGUAUGGCAAAGACGGCGGCAAGAAGGCGGAGUUCUGUGUCCAGCACGGGCUACAGGGCAUGGUCGAUGUCGUCAGGAAGAGGCGCGGCCAUCCAGGUUGCACGAAGAGGCCUUCGUAUGGAAAAUGCGGCGGCAAGAAGGCGGAUUUUUGCUUUCAACACGUGCAGCAGGGCAUGGUCAAUGUUGCCAGGAAGAGGUGCGGCCAUCCAGGUUGCACGAAGAAGCCUUCGUAUGGAAAAUGCGGCAGCAACAAGGCGGAGUUUUGCUUUCAACACGUGCAGUAGGGCAUGGUCAAUGUUGUCAGGAAGAGGUGCGGCCAUCCAGGUUGCAUGAAGGAGCCUUAAUAUGGAAAAGACAGCAUCAAGAAGGCGGAGUUCUGUGCCCAGCACGCACAUCAGGACAUGGUCAGUGUUCAACAGAAGAGGUGCAGUCAUCCAGAGUGCACGAAGAAUCCGUCGUAUGGAAAAGACGGCAGCAAGAAGGUGGAGUUCUGCGUCCAGCACGCACAUCAGGACAUGGUCAAUGUUGUCCGCAAGCGGUGCGGCCAUCCAGAGUGCAUGAAGUUGUCUUCAUAUGGCAAAGACGACAGCAAGACGGCGGAGUUCUGUGCCCGGCACGCGCAACAGGGAAUGGUCGAUGUUGAUAAUAAAAGGUGCUGCCAUUCAGGUUGCACGAAACGUCCGUCGUUUGGAAAAGACGGCAGCAAGAUGGCGGAGGUCUACCGGCAGCACGUGCAACAGGGCAUGGUCGAUGUUGUGAGCAAGAGGUGCGACCAUCCAGGUUGCACGAAGCGGCGGUCGUAUGGAAAAAACGGCAGCAAGAAUGCGGAGUUCUGUGUCCAGCACAGCGACGGGGGAAUGAUGAAUGUCCGACGUGCUAAACUCCAGUAGUAGCACUAAGACGUACUGCCGCACGUGUGGUCUCGUACCGUUCCGGACGGUCGUUGGUAGGUUGACCCCGCUACGUACGCGCUAGAUACAUGGUUUGGCAAAGGGAAAUUUUGACGCAUGUCGCCGGCCUGUCUUGACCAACACCGUCUUCCACGCGCAUGGCGCGUGAGUGCAUGUUUUUUUUCCUUUCGUUUCGUCGGCCUGUGCACGCUGUGCAUGGAGGUAGGGAUUGCACAAGGCGUACAUAUUACCGUCGUGUUCCUG